AUGAACAGGGCUAAAACCAAGUUAAUGACUAACAGAGCGAAACCUAGGGUCACGGUUGAUGGGCAGGAUAUUCAAUAUGUCGACGAAUAUAUCUAUUUGGGCCAGAUAGCAUCCUUCGAAAACAGGCAGUCUAAGGAAAUCGAUCGACGCAUCGAAAAUGCCUGGAAGAGCUUCUGGUCCAUGAAGGCGCUAAUGAAGGGCAACCUUCCACUGACACUAAAGCGCAAACUCGUCGACAUGUGUAUCCUGCCUAUCCUAACCUACGGCGCCCAAACUUGGUCGCUAACGGAAGCCGAAAAGUCCCGACUCAAGAUUUGCCAACGAGCAAUGGCCACUGUGAAGUACCACCAGCUUAUAAGUGACCGGCAAUACGGCUUCCGCCAUGGCCGAGGCGCUGGUGAUCUUCUGGUAUACUUGACUCAUCGUUGGGCCACCGCCAUUGAGAGCAAGGGAGAAGCUCUGGCAGUUAGCCUAGAUAUCGCUAAGGCUUUUGAUAGAGUUUGGCAUAAGGCGCUUCUUUCCAAGCUUCCCUCGUACGGGCUCCCAGAAGGGCUUUGCACAGAUCCUCUCGCAUCUAUCCCCCAGCAUCUACGGUCCUCAUGGCACAUCCGAAACACGCAUGCGCCCAGGACCAACCCUAGUCCUUUGUCCAUACCCUCCCCGCUCGUCGGCUACACCGCUCCGUUUACCACGUCGGGCUACACCGCAAAAACACAUCCACAAAACUCUUCCCUACUGUCCGGCACUGCCAAGAUGGUGGUAGUCCCCUAG